CAAGGGACGGACAUGGGGGCCUUGAGGAAAGGCUGGCCAUGGGCUUGCUACAGCCUUCUCUUGGUGUUAGAGGGACUGGCUCCCCCCACCGCUGCUCAGUGGCUUCUUACAGACUUUUUCGGGGGUACCACUGAGACGCCUACACCUGUGACACCCACAUCCACCACAGGUGAAGAAUCAACAGUGCAGCUGACAGAGAAGAUGAUCCUGAGCGAGCCACCUCUUUGGUAUGCCCCAGACCCUCUCACACAGGAGGCACCCACAUUUCUCACAACCACAGAGGCCACCUCAGCAGCUGUUACAGAGACAGUGUCUCCUGAUAUCACAUCCCCCAUUCCUGACAUCUUUGAAGGCAGCUCUGAGGAAGAAGAGGGUGAAUUCCUAAGGAUCCAGAGAACAGGAGAGCCUGCUAAAUCGUUGUUCCCUGCAGUGACCACAGACAUACCCCAACAGAGGACUGAAAUGGCAUCCAAGCUCUUUACGCCUUCAGCUCACCGACACACAGUCACAAAGGAUUCGGUGGCUGCACAGAUGAAAAACCUGUCACAGUGCAUCUGUCCAGCAGUGCGAGGCCCUCCAGGUUCAAAGGGAGAGAAGGGUGAUCAAGGUCUUCCAGGGCAGAGAGGACUGCCUGGGGAAAGAGGGCAAGUAGGCAGUACAGGCCUUCCUGGACCUCCAGGGCCUCCCGGACAACCAGGGUCUCCUGGACAACCAGGGUCUCCAGGACAACCAGGCCCUCUGGAACAACGAGGCCUGUCCAUUCCAGGAAGCCCAGGCUGUACUGGUACCAUGAAUGGAAACAAUGUAUCUGAAAAGGGAGACGCCAUCCUGCAGGGCCCUCCCGGACCUCAGGGUUUGCCUGGACACACUGGUACCCCUGGGCUGCCAGGAUACCCUGGGCAUGAAGGCCCCCAUGGACCUCCGGGGGCCCCAGGGCAUGAAGGUCCACAAGGUGUUCCAGGCCUCCCUGGUGCACCAGGCCAGCCUGGCCCACCAGGAUCAACUGGGCCACCAGGUAUCCCAGGGCCACCAGGAGCAGAGGGACCUGAAGGCCCUGAUGGACUUCCGGGGCUUCCAGGCCAUGUGGGGCUACCAGGAUCUCCAGGCUUCCCUGGGAAGGCAGGGUCUCCAGGAGCUGAAGGGCUUCCAGGAAAAGAUGGGCCCAAGGGCCAGAAAGGUGACAGAGGCCUGAUGGGAGAAAAGGGAUCCCAGGGUCUGCCUGGCCCCCCAGGGUCCCCCAGCACAUCUGGUGAGAAUAAGUGUACUACUGACCCAAGACUACUUGGUUCUCCAGGUCCCAAGGGUGAAAAGGGAGACCCUGGAGAUUUGGAUUGCCGCAGCUGCUGUGGGGGAACGAGCACUGAGAUGCGUUUCCCAGACUUCAAGGGCCCACCUGACUCCUGGGUGCCUCUUACCUACCAAGAGAAUGGCAAAGGUAGCCCGGAGCUCUACAGUGCGCUUGUCACCCAUGGUCCUCCCGGCCCACCCGGAAAUCCUGGGCUGCCAGGUCCCCCAGGCCCUCCUGGACCACCAGGUGUUUUUUAUCUCAACAGAGCGUAUCCCAUCCGAGCAAGGCCACAUUGCAAGUACCCACUGAUCCUGGGUUCAUCUUGGGAUUCAGAUGCUGACUUGCCUCCAAAAGACUCUUCUGAUGGGAAUCAGAAUGGAUUAAAGCGCUCCACCUUGGUCUUCAAAUCUAAAGAGCUGAUGUUCAAAUCCACCUCUUCCGUUCCUGAAGGCAGCUUGGUCUACGUCAGUGAAGGGAAUGAAGCUUUCUUCCGGACCCCCAAAGGAUGGAGCAGGAUUCUGCUCGAGGAUUCUGACCCUCUGUUGGCUGCAGAUGACCCGUCAGUGUCUACGGAAAGAAACGAGGAACAUAUACAGCAGAAACGCCAGGGCUCUACACCAGCCACAACUCCUCAUGUGACCCCUCGGGUUAAAAAGAAUGAAGCUCAAGCGACAACUCAAAUUGCACCAACUAGCAUCUCCAAGGGGAUUCCUUCUCUCCGCCUAGUGGCACUCAACAUCCCUCUGACUGGCAACAUGAAUGGGAUCCGCGGCGCUGACUUGCAGUGCUAUCGGCAAGCACAAGAGGCAGGGCUGUAUGGAACUUUCCGGGCCCUUCUAGCAACACCCACUCAGGAUCUCAUCUCAAUUGUGAAAAGAACCGACAGAGAUCGGCCUGUUGUCAACCUGAAGGGUGAGCUGUUGGCUAAGAGCUGGAGUUCCCUCUUCAGUAACAAUGGUGCUUCCUACUUCAAUUCCCUGAAUGUUCCUAUCUACACCUUCAGCCGGCAUAAUGUCAUGACAGAUCCUAUGUGGCCCCAGAAGGAAGCCUGGCAUGGCAUGAAGCAACGGGGAGGCCAUUCGCAACAUCAAAACUGUCAGAAUUGGCGGUCAGCAUCCAACCAGUCAGAAGGCUUUGCCUCAUCACCAGCUAGGGGCACUUUCCUCACAGAGGGCACAUACAGAUGCUCAGAUGCCUUGAUCGUCCUGUGUAUGGAGAACGCCUCCCGAUACCUGCACAUGUGGUGAACGUGGUAUCAGGUUGAUAAGAAACAUUGGAAGGAUCUGGUUGUUUCCAAGCCAUGACUGAGACAAGCGAGAGAGGCCCUGGUUCCUCAAAUGUUGAGGAAGUUACUUUUCCACACCACGUCAGAAAAAAAAGUUCCUGAGGAAACAAAGCUGUGCGUGGCCUGCAUCACAGCAAUGUCCCCUGUCCAGUCUGUCUAGCAGAAGCAUCUCACACUACCCGAGUACAAAAGAUGUUUAUGUUCUCUACUGCUUCAGCAUAUAUAUUGUUCUCCUGUGAGAAAUCAACCAGACUGAUGCUCCUUUACCACUGUCCAGUUGUUCAUCCUUAACUGCUUGCGAAAGAAUGCCUACAAGGAGGUGCUUCUGAAUGCAGAUGUUGAUAUACUGAUAGUAUUUUCAAGGGAAUGGUGAAUUCUUAUGCACUAUGCAACAUUUAUACCCUUUGUAAGACCAUUAACUUCAAUUGAAUUAGAAAGGUGUAACUCUGCUUAGGAUGGCACUGCUAGUCACAUUUCCAUUGCCACCAAGUUUUAACUGCCUUGCCGCACAGCACUUAUGGGCAAUGAGUCCGUGAGCACAAUGUUGCCAACACAGGGAAAUUCAUUCCCGUUGUCCCAGCAAUGAGGCCACAUUCCCAUGAGUUUCAUUCAAUUGAUUUGUUUUGCAAUUUUUUUUUUGCAUUAGCCGCCUUUUUUGUAAUAAAAUAUCUCAGGACUA